AUGGGCCUCGAGACUUCAUUGACCGGUUUUAAUGAUUGGUCGUUUGGCCAAGUUGCUUCUCUGGUGUUACUGGCCGCACCGCUCAUCACAGUCAUCGAAUAUUUCCAGGAAGAAGAUCAGCCUCGCAUAGAGGAUGGGACUCUCACCCAAGAUCAGACUGCCGCUCAAGAUGAGACUCGCACACAGGAUGAGACUCGCACACAGGAUGAGACUCGCACACAGGAUGAGACUCGCGCGCAGGAUGAGGAACAACCUCUCUCUGACGGCCAACCCGUACCCCCACCCGAUCUCCGUUCUAUAUCAGACUCCACCACCAUGGACCUCAACGAUCCUGACAAUGAUUGGAUCUCCCACCCCAAAAUAUCCGAUGUAAUUAGUGUACAUCUAGUCACAUUGAUAUUUGCACUUAUCCUCUGGGCUGCAGACUGUGAUCCUUUUGGCAAUAUGAGCAAUGUGUUCUUUGACGGUGUCAUCUUCGCGAGUCUUUGGCUGUUUGUACUAAUUUUUUGCUCUUUGAUGGUGGAGACUGCAUUUGCGGAAAAAAGGCCAACACUUACCCUCGCCCUAGAACAAGGGCAUAUCGAUUUUGGUGUUGAGGUCUGA